AUGUCCGGGCGACACCAUAGACUGUGUAUAGGGGGACACACGCGUGUCCGGGCCGAGCGGACACCACGGGGAGUUGUCAGAACAAAGUGUCCCGGAGUGUGCCGCCUCCUCCCCGCACGUCGGUCCAGCUCGUCGUGGGUCGGUACCGGGAGAACCGCUCGGGUCCGGUGCGACUCGGACAGCGACGAGGUGUUCGCCCCCGGGAGCUGCGGGUGUGACAGCUCGGUGCGGGAUCAGUCCGCUCGCUGGGCCGCUCCGACGGCCGCCAUGUUGUUUACAAAAGUGCUCACUUGUGGUGACGUCAGGCUGUUGUCUUUAGAAGCUGGUUUGGCCACCAUGCCACUCGUCAUUUCUGUCAUUUUCCUGGGUGUGACUGUGUCCUUAGACAAAGUCAGGCCCACGCAGCUAAUGCAGGGUCAUGCCACGAACUCCGAGUCGCAAAUCCACAAACUCAACCGCGGGGCGUUGCAAAAAGCCCGUGAACCAUCGCGCACGGCCGCCCCACGCACCUUCGCAGGUCAGGUUCUGAGAUCCGUGGGAUUCGGCGUCAAAACCGGAGCGAUGGACCGAACCGGGCAGCUGCAACACGUCAGCGAAAACAUGAUUCUGCACAGGCGGCGGGGGCAGACAUGGAGCCGAUUUAAUCCGCCCUGCUCCGUCAAUAUUUACCCCGCUAAGACCCUCCUCCACCCGGGACGGUGUGGCGAGGAGACCACGGGAGACCGGGCCCAGCAUCCAGCUGUCACAGGGGUCGACCCGGCGCCACGGUGCAGGCGGGCGGGACGGGGGACUCCACUCCUGUUCACCUUUAACGAGGAGUCUGGAGAGACACUGAGCAGUGAAAGCAAUGGGGUGGCAGAGUGGCUGUGCCCCCUCUGCCAAAAAGGCCAAACGGACAGAUCCUUCCUGUCUCUGCAUCUAACCCAGCAACACAGUGUACUUCCAUCUUGUGUCAACAGACUGCUGGACAUUGCUGUUGUGAAACUAAGUGCCAGUGGAAGAGCGGAGCACAAAGGGGCUCAAAAGUCUUCAGAUUCUGAAGCCUCUCAAUCUAAGCCUGCUGUAGACGGCGGUUCAGAGCCCUGCCAAUCAAGCGAGAAUUCAGACGCCACCCCGACGGUUGGAGACAAAGAGAUGGAGGAAGAGAAAAUAAUGGAGAAGGAGGGAUGUGAAGCUGAGCCCGAGCCAGAAGAGGAGGGAAAUCAAUUGACAGGAGACAAACAGCAAAAUGCAACUGAAAACACAGAAAUCCCAGACGACAGCGAAAAGUCAGUUGGUAAAAAUGGUGUGCCAGCUGAAAAUAACACUCGGUCAUUCAAAUGCAAUGCCUGUCUGGAAAGUUUUCCUAGCAAAACUGCCUUGAGCGUUCAUUACAACUCUACAUCCCACAUUCAGAGGAUGACAACAGGCCCUGCAAAACAAAGUGGGGAAAGCGAUCCCCAACCUCCCGCAGCUCCUGUUCUGCCUCGGCCAUUUAUAUCAAACAAACCCUACCAGUGUGCUGUAUGUAGAGUCUCCUACAAUCAUGCCAUCACCCUUGAGAGCCAUAUGAAAUCUGUCUUGCACCAGACUCGCAGCAGGAAUGCUGGAAUUGUUGCACAAGCUGCAAACAGCGCAGUGGCCACUGCUGGUUUAGGAGGCGGCACCUCAGCUGCUCCAAAUGCUGGACUGAGCACAUCUGGAAGUGCAUCCACUCAGCUAGUGACCACCACAAACUGUACGGCUCCUGGAACCGUGAUGGUGACUACUACAAAAGACGGAGAGCAAAUUCAGACUGCACAAGUGGCUCCCUCCCUCCUCACCUCCCCCGUGGCCUCAGCUCAGGCAGUCUCAGCCUUCCUCACCCUCUCUCACUCCCUCCUCCCCUCCCUGUUUGCUGCCGGUGCUGUUCCUGGUGCAGCCGCACAUCAGCUCGUGCCUCAGCCACAAAUGGUCAUGCCCUUGAUCUUGAACGGGCUGCAAGCCCAAACUCAGCAGCACCAAGAGAACCAGCAAGGCCAGCUCUUAACCCAGUGUGUGCCAUUUGUAGGUCUCAGCACAGCCCAGCAAGCCCUCCUAACCCAAAGACUUAACAGCUUACAGAGCCAAUGGCCCUCUGCAGGACUUCCAACAAACAUACAGCUCUGCCCAGAAGAGCAAAAACAGACUAUAAAGUGUGAGAGAGAACAAGAGAGUGAGGAGAAGGUCUCAGCCCAGAUUAAGGACAGGGAGAGCAGGAUGACAGAUGAUUUGGAAACAGAGAAAGUUAAGGAAAAGGACACCAAAGAAGUACAGUGUCCUGAUAUGGAAAGAAAAAUGGCCGCUGAGAAUAGUGAAGACGGUGGGAAGGCACAUAGAGAUAGCACAACAGAUGGAGACCGCUCGACUAAUCAGUUGGACCUGGAAGGUGAUAAAGCAGCUAGCCUGAAUCUCUCCCCAGUGGGCACAGAGAAAAGCCUCCGCAAUAACAGCUUCUCGCCUUCUGCAUCUGUGCCCAGCAACGCAACCCUCAGUCCUGUUCAUUUAAACCUUACGCUUAGUCCUGAUUCUACCCCUCAAAAAUCACAAUCUGGGACUAGCCCUUGUUGUUCCCUUGGCACCCCAAAAUCUAGUCCGCGUACAAAUGCCUUAACUAACAACCAAAUUCGAUCCCAUUGUAAUAUAAUAGGAUCAAUUUAUAAAGACCUUCCAGUGCUGUCAGAGUUCCAGUCGGAGGUUCUCUGGGCGUUCUUUGAGUCCCGUAGCGAGGCUGAUGCUGCAAGUCCUCCCCAUGAAGACUGUGAGGCGCUGGGCAGAGAGGUUGGGCUCUCCGAGGAUGAAGUACGCAGGUGGAUGAGACAAGCGCGACAUGCCAGACAGAGGCAAAGGGCAACAGAGGCAGACCACCUGCAAGGUUUGGCAGGACUUACAAGGCACUCCCAGAGUUCUGACAAUGAUUAUGAUGACGAGGAAAACUCACUGAUUAUAGCAGAAGGCGAGGAUGCUGAAGCUUCAGGGAGUCAGGCAAUAGAUUUGUCACGUCCAAGAGGGAAACGCAGACAGAGGGAUAUGAGAAUGGCGGGUCGGAGAGAUUCCUGUCUCACUUCUGAUUCGGAAAAUGAGAUCUACACCUCUGUCAUUGUGUCUGAUGAGGAAAGUCAAAGUGGGUCUGUGAGGGAGGAUACUGAGAUCCCUGCUAAAGGUGAAGCACAGCGCGAGGUCCAUGGUGAUAAAGGAUCAGUUGGAGGAAAGGUCUUGCGCUCCACAACUGUGUUUCUCUCUGAUGCUGAGGAGGAGUAUGAAGAUGAGGAGGGUGGAGGAGGUCAGAGGGCCCGAAGGAAAAGACGAAAGGGGGAGCUUGAGCACAAUGAGGUAAAGGUCAAGAAGGAGAGACUGGACUCAGAUGUGGAUCUAGAGCUGGAGGCCCAAGGGGAUCCUCCAAGUUCACAGUCUCACACAUUGGAUCAUCCUGGGAUUGCCACCAGUGCUCUGCAUUCACUUCCCUUGUCCCUCGCUCACUUUUCUACCCAGUUCCUCAGCCCAUAUGUCCUCUCUCUAGCUCCCUCAAUGCUUGGAGAUGGGAACAAAGUACCAGUCUUUACUAAUCCACCAACCAUCACACGCUUCUCAAGCUCCCUUCUCUCGCAGUCCCUCUCUUCCCAUAACCAAAAUUCUCAUUAUCUGUCAAACGGCGGGGACUGUGAGUCUGCCCUGGACCUCAGCAUGGGGAAAAACAGCUCAAAAUCGGCUUCUUCCUCCCUGGCUGAUAAAAUUGCAGCACAGAAGGGGCAGCUGCUGGAUGGGCUUGGCCUGAGGCCCACAUCCAAAGGUCUGGUAGUCGUCCAAGUUAAGCCUGAAUCUGUUAGUGCCAUGCCCUCCUCCAACAGCAGCAUGAGUCUGGUCAACUGCAAUAACAUGACAAAGUCUAGUAUUUACAUGAGGGCGACAGAGAAAAUGAGUGCAACAUUAUUGGAAAGGGAACACCAGAGGGAGAAGGAAAAGGAUCAAGACCAGCAGCAAAGAAAGGCUAAAGGAAAAAGGUAUCGGGACAUGCGUCGUUCAAGAACCAUCAUUCAAGCUGAACAACUUGACAUUCUGUAUGGCUGCUAUUUCAAAGACCCAAAUCCUGGGAAGCAUGAGUUUGAACAGAUUUCAGAGUGGGUCCACCUUCCAAAGAAGGUGGUUCAGAUUUGGUUCCAGAACAUGAGGGCAAGGGAACGAAAGGGUGAGGUCAGGUUUAUCAGUGAUGGCACUCUGGCUGCAGUUGGCAAGCCUCUCAUCAAGUUUACCUGGCCCCUCUCCAAACCCAUUUUCUCCAACAAGCCUGCUUCAAACAAUACUGUGUCCAUAGUAGGAACUUCUCCCAUUGUGCGCACGCUUAUCAAGACUGAGCGGGACCCUGUAAAAGAGCUGGGAAAACCAACUAUGGUGAAAAAAUUCAUCCCAGUUCCCAUAAAGCCUAAAGAGGUUGUUUCUUCUACUGUGGUCUCUCCUUUGAGCAGCAGCAGCAUCUCUGCAGUGCCAAAGAUCAAGCUUGAAACCACCAGCAAUGUUACUAUGGUCAAAGUUGCACCCAAAGUCAACACUCCCGGCCCUUUAGCCCCACCUAAGGAUCCAAUCCCCAUUGCCCCACGACCAGCCCAGAAACGAAAACUAGAGGAGAGUGACGAAGAGAAGACUGAUGAUGAUAGAGACCAUGAGGAUGAGAUUGGUCCUGGGCCAGGGAGCAUUAACCGCAUGGUGCCCAAGUUGUCUUCCAUCAACAACCGGCCUCCUUCCACGACGGUGGUGCCACAGAAACAGAAUGGGGUGAACUACUGGACCCCCAAGGUCCCCAUAAAGAUCAACACUCUAUCAAGAGAACAGCUGGCUCUUCCCACACAUACGCCCUCUCGCACCAUCCCACCGCCCCCCACCCCCAGCAUUGCACCAGUUAGCCCGAACACCCCCAGCUCUGCCAAAGUAGCCAGCCCCUCCACCCCAGUCGUGGCUAAAUCGAGUCCAACAGAGAGCGGCUUUCUGUCCCACUCAUCCAGCCGUAGGCCACGAACACACUUGUCCUGUCUACAGCUGUCCAUCCUGCAGUCCUGCUACGAGACCUGUGCUCAUCCUAAUGCCAUGGAGUGUGAGGCGAUUGGCGCUGAGCUCAGUCUGCCGCUCAAAGUGGUGCAGAUCUGGUUCCAAAACACAAGAGCCAAGGAGAAGCGAUGGAGGUUGCAGCAAGAAAAAUUGUCUCCUCUGUCAGGUGGAAAGGUGGACAUGAGCUCAGGAACCUACUUGCAGUACAACGCUCUCAAAGCUAAUCGUCCCAUCCUUCCCAAACCCGUUCAUCUCACAAUAACUGAACCCGCAGCUUCCCCCGUGGCCGGCCAGCCGGUGCCAAAGGAAACCCUGACAGGCCGCUGCGAUGCCUGCAACAUCUGCUUUGAAUCCCGAGCGGCAGCAAGGGCCCACGUCUUCUCCCCACGGCAUCUGGCAACCCUGAGAACCACUAACUUUGGCCAACCAGCGACAACCGUUAACAAGAACGGCACCGGUAAUGUCGGACCCGGAAGUGCUGCGCCGGGCUCGCAGGUCUCUCAUUCCACUCCGGUUACCAGUUCGGGCACUGGUUCUGGAGGGGAGAUGGUUAUUGAGUCGCCUCCACCAACGGCCACCAGCAACAGUUAAAAGACUCAGAUCACAAUUGGUCUGCACACUGACUUUUCUCGGACCCAUUUGGGCUCCUCAGAUUUUAAUAAACAAAAUUGAGCACUAAUCAAAAGCUAAUAUUGUUUAGUUUUUGAAGUUGGCUCCGCUGCACCCGUUAUCAUUUGCUCAACCUUCACUGUCUCCACAUAAUCUACACCUGGAAAUUCAACACAACAGCAGACUAUUUCCAUGCUGCUUCCCACCUAAUCAGCUGCUGUCUGAUUAGUGAUGAACGCGUCUCAAGUUUCCCCUCGAUCCUAGCGCACACUUUAUCCAGACUUUUUUGGUCCUAACCCUGUGGUUAUAUAAAACCUUCCUUCUGUGACCUUCCCAUAAUUUGUAAAGGCACUCAACUUGCCAUGCUUGAACUGUCCUACUCUAAAGACUGAUGCAAAAGUAUUUCCUCUUUGGAAGUGGCCAUUUGAUGGUGGGCCCAGAAACACUUUUUGGGAUAAUAACACGACAUUAGUAACUCCCAGUUUGCUCCUGUGGAAUUGCUUUUCUUACACCUCCUUUCACCUCUAGAGCAAAGAUUGCUUGGAGAAAACAGGACUGGACUGAACCAUUAAAAGAGGAUUAACUGGUAUUGACUGUCACCUUUUAAUUUGCUAUGGCAGUGUGAUCAGACAAGUGUUGUGUCUACUGACUUGGGAUAUAUAAAAAAAGAGGUACUUAAGAGAGAAUAGGGCUGUUUAAUUGUCCCCUUUUGCCUGUUUGCAGUUUUCACGACAAUCCAAAUAGACAGGGCAAAAAGAGGCUGAGGAACCUAGAAUCCUGGCAUACAGCACUUUGACACAUUUUACAUAGUUUGAAAUGUUUUUAAGCAUUCUAAUGCAAGUGUCUUUUUAUGGAAAGACACAGUAACGCAUUUUGGAUGAUUUAAUAUAAAUCACGUGAAAUAAAUUUGUUUUUCUAGUGUAACGAAACAUGCUUUAGGUGUGAGAAUGAUAUGUGGAAGAUAAAAAACCUGGGGGAAAACGGUGAAGAGCUCUGUUCCAAAAUGUCUUCAAAUGUAUUUCUGGGGGGAAAGUCUCUGAAUGUCGUAUUCUUUAUCUGGGACAUAAGGAAUCCUGCCUGUAAAGUUCUCAUUAUCCUCAUGGCAAAGGACUAGAACUACCAACUCUAUUGCUUUUACAACAAAUUGGUUUGAUCCUGUGGAUUUUUAACUUUUCACCCAAAUGUUUAGAUGUCAUGUUGGAAUACAGCUCUUCAAACCUGUUGGAAGAUGUUGUCUUCACCUAGUGUGGAUGUAGAAAUAUGACAGCCUUAAGAGGAAACACCACCAGGUACAUCAGCUUAAGCCCAGGUGAUCAUUGUGUAAUGUUAGUGAAUUUCAUCCACAUCUGGAAGGGUCGGAUUGAUUCCACAAAGUUUUACAGUUUUGUUUUCCAUGAGUUCUGUGCAUAAGACAAAGUUAUGGUCUCCGUUCUAUUCAAUUCAGUAUUUAUACAAAAGACAAUACAAGCGAUUAAAUAUCGGUGUAACCGAUUUUUAUUUAGGUCAAACCCAAACCUCUAUUGUUAAAAGAAUGGGGCUUGAAAUGGGCUGCUUCCCAAAUUUCUUCUGUCCCCGUUUUUCGGACUUUGCUAAUCCUGGUAAAGCACGUGCUGUGAAGAGACCUGAAACAGUGAGUGACUCGGUAGAAAGUUGGGUUUUUACCAGUGUCCUUAAGGGACUAAUGGAUACUUCAGUCUUUGAAGCAAAUUGGGAAAAAUUAAAUGUGCUGACUGAGAGCAUAUAAGAUGGUGCUGUGUUGAAGGACACAUAACAUACUAGAGAUGUUUUCCUUCAAUUUAAGUUGUAUAUUCAUGUUACUAUUGAUAGUUUUAACAAAAAAUGCAAAAUGAAAACGUGAACUUUUGUAAAGAAAUAUAUUAAAAAAAAUAACUGAUAUUCCAAAGUAAUCCUCCCCUUUGCUUUUCUGUCAUUCAAAAACCAAAAAGCUAUCUUGAGGUCGACAGAGAGCGGGAGAGGUGUUCAUAAAUGCAAACUGUAAAGGACAUCCCACGGCUUGACACUUGCACUAGUCCACAAUUUUUUUGCACAAGCUACAGACAUUUUAAAAAGAACACAGCCAUUAACACGACAUUUUAGAGUCACUCGGUGUGGUUUUUCGGAAUGAGGAGGGUAACAAUGCGCUUUCAUGAAUAACAACCUGUACUCCUGUUGCAAACUGUAUCUUGUCUGUAAAGCAAGGACUGCAGUGCUUGGACCUCAAGACUGGGAUCUCACACAAACACACACACACUCAAACACACGGUGUUGCACUGUCCAAACUAGAUAGGUUUUUAUGGAGAUCUGCUUUUUAUUAUCUUAUGUUUUGUCACUUUGAUUAUCACUAUUGUUAUAACUGUACUACUACUUAUACGAUUUAUCAUUACUACUCAUCACUGUUUUUUGAUUAUUAUUGAUCCAUAAUGGUUUAAAUGCCACCUCUGCUCAUCAAGAGCAUGGUAUUCCUUUGAAUAUUGAACAAUAAUAGUGGCAGUGUUGUUAUGAAUUGUUAGAUUUUUGAUUAAGCUUAUUUUUUCCUCCUCACUUGUACCUGCCUUUUUGUGUUUGGUCUCCAUUAUGCUUUCUUUGAUAUACAGAAAAAGAAAUAAAAUCAGUUGAACAACAAAGUA